UUUGCAUGACUGUAACUUAUUUGAUAUGAUUUGAUUUUUCACAUUGUUAUUACUCGGGUUGGGGGUUGUUUUUGGGCUAUUUGUUAUGGAGUUAUCUCUUGUUUUCAGGAAGCAUUUGUCCUCUGGGAUACAUAUGGGUUCCCAAUAGAUCUCACUAAGCUGAUGGCUGAAGAAAAAGGUUUAACUGUUGAUGAAGAUGGAUAUAAUAAGGCCUUGGAGGCUGCAAGAGAGCGAUCAAGGAAUGCUCAAGCAACGCAAGCAGGUGGUGCCAUUAUCAUGGAUGCUGAUGCUACCUCAGUGUUGCAUAGAAGGGGCAUUGCUCCAACUGAUGAUAGCUUCAAAUAUGUUUGGUUCAAGGACCACGAGAGUGUGGUGAAAGCAAUAUACACUGGUUCUGAGUUUGUUGAAUCUGUUGAAACUGAUGGUGACAUUGGUGUCGUUCUUGAAUCUACAAGUUUCUAUGCUGAACAAGGUGGUCAGAUUUUCGACACUGGAUCACUGGAGGGUCCACAUGCAUCAUUCAAAGUUCACAACGUACAAGUAUUUGGAGGAUUUGUUCUCCACAUUGGUUCUAAUGGGAAUGGAAUCUCUGUUGGUGACAAAGUUGUAUGCAAGGUUGAUUAUGGUAGGCGUUCCCUUAUAGCCCCCAACCAUACCUGCACACACAUGUUAAACUUUGCUCUUAGGGAAGUACUUGGGGAUCAUGUUGACCAGAAAGGAUCCAUUGUUCUUCCUGAAAAAUUGAGAUUUGAUUUUUCUCAUGGCAAGCCUGUUGAUCCCGACAAUUUGAGGAAAAUCGAAUCAAUUGUUAAUGAGCAAAUUAGGGAUGAAUUAGAUGUCAAUGCAAAGGAGGCAACUCUUGCUGAAGCCAAGCGUAUUAAUGGCUUACGAGCUGUGUUUGGAGAAGUUUAUCCUGAUCCCGUAAGAGUUGUAUCAAUCGGAGAAAAAGUUGAGGAUCUCCUUGCCGACCCUGAAAAUAAAAAAUGGUUAUCUAUUUCAUCAGAAUUAUGUGGUGGCACCCAUAUAUCAAACACAAGAGAGGCCAAAGCUUUUGCUCUUUUAUCUGAGGAGGGAAUUGCAAAGGGAAUACGCAGAAUAACAGCUGUGACAACUGAUCGUGCUUCUGAUGCAAUAAGAGUUGCAAAUGAAUUUGAGCAACACGUAGACAAUGCAGCCAAGUUAGAGGGAAGUUCACUGGAAGAGAAAGUUUUGUACCUGAAAAGCAAUGUGGAAACCUUAUCUAUUCCUGCAGCCAAGAAAGCUGACAUAAAGAACAAGAUAGUCCAACUUCAGGAUCGGGUGAGAAAAGCACAAAAGCAAAUUGCUGAAGAAAAUAAACGUAAAGCUGUGACGAUUACAGCUGAGAAGGCUGAACUUGCUGCAUCAGAUGGGAAAACAUUUUGCGUGUCCCAGGUUGAAGUUGGUCUGGAUGUAAACGCAGUGCGUGAAGCAGUUACAAAAGUCAUGGAGCAGAAGGGUAUAUCUGUUAUGGUAUUUAGCACUGACAAGUCUACAAACAAGGCUGUAGUUUGUGCUGGCGUGCCGGAGAAAGGUGAUAAAGGCAAGCUGGAUGUUACAGAGUGGUUAACCAACGCUUUAGGGCCUCUGAAAGGGAGAUGCGGUAAAGGAAAAGGUGGUCUUGCAACAGGCCAGGGUACAGAUGCAUCACAUGUAAGUGAGGCUAUGGAUCUUGCAACAUCAUUUGCAUCAAUGAAAUUGACUUAAUGGUCGAUUGCAUUACUUUCUUGGUGUGAUCAAACUUGAUACAUUCCUUAAUCUGUCUGGAGGGAAGGCAUUGACAAUUAGAUCUUGAUUAAUAGAACACAUUUUAGUAAAAUAUUAUUUGGGUUGAUACAAAUGAGGAGUAAAAUUCAGUUUUUAUAUCUUCUCAAAUCACAAAUUCUCACAGAGAAUAGAAUAUCAAAGAUUUU